CUGCCAGAGCCAGGUCUCCACCCCCUGCCCCCCCUGCCAGAGCCAGGUCUCCAUCCCCUCUCAGAGCCGGGUCUCCACCCCCUGCCAGCUCCCCACCCCCUCCCAGAGCUGGGUCUCCACCUCUUCAUUCUCUACCCUCUGCCACCCCCCCUUCCCCAGUGUCUCUGAGCCAGCCCCCAGCUACGUUUCUGCCCAUGGAGGAGGAUGCCCCUUGCAUGGCUCCCAUAUCACUCCAGGGCCCCUCUGAGGGCUCCUUGCUGGCAGAGCUGGUGCCCACUGAGGGGCCCCAUGGCAGUCGCCCAGAUGUGCCAACUGGGCCCCUCGCUGACCCCACUAAUCCAGCACUGGCCGGGGGGGAGCCUGCUCAAAGCUGCCCAGUUCUCUCCAGCGCAGGGUCCUGCUCCCUGGAACCUCUGCCUCAGGCCGUGCCCCCGUGGCCCUGGCAUCCCGGCCCCUCCACGGCUGCAGCCCCCAUGCCUGGCAAGGACCCCAUGGCAGGUGGGGAGGCACCGCUGGAGCCCUCCCACGGGCUCUGCCUGGCGCCAGAGGCCAGCCCGGCCGAGCUCCUCCCGGAGUCAGGACACAACGGCAUAGCAGGGCAGGAGACCGGGAGGUGGCCAGAGCUCAGGGACCUGGAGCUGGAGCUGGAGCUGGAGCCAGGAGAGAAGGGCGCCCUGAGCGGCGGUGCCAAGCUCCAGCUGCAAGCGGCGUGGGAUCCCCCAGCAGGGGACACAGCCUGGGUCUCUCUGCAAGGCGGCGCCAGGCGGGCGGCGCUGGAGGGGGGGGAGGCCGUCGAGGGCCCCUCCCCCCGCACUGCGUAGACAGCAGGGGCUGCCGGACCCCAGCAUUCGUCCCACCCACAGAGCCCGCAUGGCUCGGCUUUAUGACUGCGACGCGCCGGGGGGCUGCUCGGAUUGCACCCCCCCGGGCCCUUCUAAGAACCAGCAAUUCCCCCCCCCGGGGGUGCCUGCACUCUGAACCCCCAGCACCCCGGUCUCUGCUCGCUGGGUGAGCCCCCGCCCCACCAUGUUACCCUGCAACCUGGGCCGUGGCCUCCAUGGCCCAAUAAAGGAGCUGUGGGAACUGGC